AGGAGGCUUUUGAUAGUGCAGUGUGAUUCCUACCAGCUGUUUCCCGCCUUGAAAGACAUUCGAUCAGCUGCAACUACACACAUACACACGUACAUGCAGAAGGAAAGAGAGAGAGAUUGAGAGCGCCACACAACGAGGGAAUCCUAUCAGCUGGAAGUAACUGGAGUAACAUUACAACUCCGAGCGCUCUGCUACUACAUAAGGAAUUUUCCGAAUUAUGAAAUUAUUCUAGAUUUAUGAGCAAGGGAAUUUGCACCUGAAACUGGAACAGAUUUAGUUGGCUAAUUCAUUUUAACCGGGAAUUGGGGGACACACAACUGGAGAGGAAAGCAUGGAGUAUUUCAUGGUACCAGCACAGAAGGUGCCCUCCUUGCAACAUUUUAGGAAAACGGAUAAAGAAGUGAUUGGGGGUCUUUGCAGCCUGGCGAACAUUCCCCUGACCCCUGAGACUGCGCGCGACCAGGAGCGGCGGAUCCGUCGGGAGAUCGCCAACAGCAACGAGCGGCGGCGCAUGCAGAGCAUCAACUCCGGCUUCCAAUCGCUCAAGACGCUCAUCCCCCACAGCGACGGAGAGAAACUCAGCAAGGUGGGUCCGAGGGAGGAAAGGAAGGGAGAGAAACUCAGCAAGGCGGCCAUCUUGCAGCAGACAGCAGAGUACAUCUUUGCUCUGGAGCAGGAGAAGACACGGCUACUGCAGCAGAACAGCCAGCUCAAACGCUUCAUUCAGGAGUUCAGCGGCUCCUCCCCAAAGAGGAGGCGCGGGGCGGAGGAGAAGGAUGAAGGGAUCGGUUCCCCAGACAUUCUGGAGGAGGAGAAGACGGAGGACCUGCGGAGGGAGAUGAUGGAGCUGAGACAGCAGCUGGACAAGGAGCGCUCUGUCCGCAUGAUGCUGGAGGAGCAUUUGAGACAGGAGGAGGUCUGCUGUGUUGUGGUUGGUGGUACUCAGCCUGAACAUGUGGUAGGAACUCACUCCAAGCAGCAGGAGAGAGCCAGCACCACAGCUCACAGCCCACAGGUGCUGGCCCCCAGGUCACCACCCGCCCCCACCCACCACGCAACGGUCAUCGUCCCGGCCCCGCCUCCCCAUCACGUCACCGUGGUAACCAUGGGCCCUGCCUCGGUCAUCAACACAGCAUCCACGUCUCGCCAGAACCUGGACACCAUUGUGCAGGCCAUCCAGCACAUUGAGAGCAUCCAGGAGAAGGUGGGGGAGGAGGAGCAGCGGCGGGCGGUGAUCGUCACCCAGGGACGCGCCCUCACAGACACAGCGGGGUCCGACACGGCGUCCGACAGCGAGGGGCCAGAGGACUGCUCACUGCCCUGAGGCCUCCCAUCACACACAGGGGCCACGAGAGGGGGCCCUGUACAACACCCACAAUACUCUGGUUAUAUGGACAUUUAUUAGGUUGGCUAGACGGAUCAGACUCACACACACACUGAACUAGGAUAGUCUACUGUAACCGGAUACUUACACAUACACACUUCUUUCUGUCUCUCUCUUUCUUUUUUGCUUUCUUGCUUCUUCUCAAACCGGACCAAAAACAGUCAGUAGAAAGGUGAUGGGUUGACCUGACAGUUCCACAUAGCUCAAGCAGCCAGCAGCCUUCCCAUCGGUCACGACGCACCCAUCCAACCCACUCCCUCUCUGGGACCUGCUGCUCUAGAGGGAUGCAUGAGUAUGGAGGUCUCACACCCAGGUCCAGCCUGGUCCCCUGGCUCAGUCGUCCAAUGGAGACUCUUUCUCACCUUCUCCAAAACCAACCAAGCAACUUAUGCCCAGCGAGCAGGAGAGCGCGCCUGGACAGGAAAGGUGUACCCCAACCAGCAGCACAGCCAUCCCAGGCGACCCCAUACCCCCCAUACUAGAGAUAAUCUCUCCAAGAAAUCUUCUACUUCCUGUAUCCCUUCACCAUAUCUCUGCCCAGAGGGGAUCUCCCCUGAGCGAUGAGACACUGUGAGCAUUCAAAGACACAUUCUGAAUCAGAUCCAACACACCUUAGUAAGAGAAAAUGUUGUCGAUUUUCUGUUUGACUUCACAAAGAAUUUGUAAGAGUUUGCGUUAGAGGUUUUCCUUUUGAUCUUGUGUUCUCUGGUGGAUAAAUCACAGGGAUUGUACUGAAACGUGACAACACAGAAAAGGCCCCAUAUUGACACAGCUAGAGGUCGCUAUCUAGUCUCUGUUCAUUUCAGUGGUGCUGUUAGGAGACCAAGCUAAAGCUAAGCUUGCUAUGGAAAGAGGAGAAGUGCACUUACGCUUCCCUCUUUCUCUUUUUACUGGGCUGGGUUCCCAGUACACAUUUAUGUAGGCCACGCUCUCCCCUAACUACAAAAAAGUAUGUUCGUUCCCUCAGUAGUACAGCACAGAACCUGUAUCACUGAUUCACCCUUUUGUCUGUUGCUUCGGACAUUUUGGCAUCUAGCUUGUUGAAUAAGCUAAUCGAUGGGUACGUCUGAGUUUUUAAAACCUUUUCUGUGUGUUUUUGCUCUUAUACACAUAGGGUAGGCUGGUGUAUCCAGCUCCACACUGUCAUUAGGUGGGUUGUGAUCGGGGUGAGGAAAGCCCUGUAUUUUGGACAGGCCUCUGUUUGAUAUUGUAGGAGAACACACACACCCUCCUGUGCAAUUAAUGGUCCCGCAUCUUAUAAAGCUCCUCCCAUCAUCUGAUAAAGCUCCUCCCACUAUUUGUCCCUGAGUUUUGGAAACAUCUCUCUGAUGUUUGUGAGUUUAGAUCCUGAACGGCCAAUGAUAUCGAUUGACUGAGCAUUUCACUCUAUGUAUUCACUAAUAGGAACAGGCGUCCUGAGCGGGGUCAGGGCAAACACUGGUAUCACGAUACUACUCGGCAUCGUGAUACUUGGCUUGGUAUUACAUAUUUAGUCAAAUGUUGAUAUUGUGACAACUCCACUGAAAAUAGGCACAUUUUCUUGUAAUUUCCACAUAUUUUUUGCGUGUUUCCGUGCGAAAUUUUUUUGUCACCUUUUUGGGCCCUCACCAGUUAGCAUCCCUGGCUGUUGUCGGUUUUUAAUAUUGUGCUUUUGAGCGUGUAUCAUUCUCUCUGUAAAGUCUGUCUUAAUAUGAUUGUUUUGUUGUGCCUCAAAUACGGCAGUGGUUUUACAGGAACCACAGACACUUUUUCAAAGCAUUUUUUGGGAGGUCCCAGAGUUUGCCCAGGCUGACCUGAUUGAAUUGAACCAUGAUAUAUUGGAGGUUCUCCUAUCCCCUGGAGUGAGGGGUGAGUGCAGACAGACUGAUGAACAGUAAGGGUGUGUUCGAGAGACCCAGAUUCUAUGCAGAUUGUCAGAUCUUUGCAAUACCUGCAGAAAUUGUGCAGAAUAUGCCCAUCUGGAUUGCAUCCAGUAUAACACACUGCCUGGGAUGUGCGGAGAGAGAGGGGCAGUGGCUUGCCAUAACACAGCUUCUAAUGUGCAUGGUAGGCACUGUGAGGCCAGCCUUAACUCAGCCCUGGAGUCAGAGCGAGAAAGAGAGAGAGGCUGGCUACACCUAUAGGGAAAGCCUGAACACUGUUCAAUAGGAUUGAUACUGUAAACCUUUUUGUCGAGAACCUCUCAAUAUAAAUACACACAUGGCUUUAGUGUGCUGUGGAUGCAUUGUUUUUAGACAUUCCAGAAGAUUCUACCAUUACAUUUAGCAUCUUUAACUGGCACUUUUCAAGAGCAAAAGCAACUGUUUUGUCCCAGAGGUGAUUUUUGCCCACAAUACGGCCAAAAACAAAGGGAUCGAUUUUGAUGCAAAAUAAUUUGAUGGCAAAUUGGAUUGAUAUGUUGAUUGUCCCUUAUGUCUUCCCUUUGAGUGUAGAGGGAGUCCUUUACUGCUGGACAGAUGAGACGCAUCUCCCUCUUAUCCUUCCUUCUUGGUAUUUACAGUGGAUUCACACUGGCCACAUUCAAGGCCACUUCAUUGCAGCCGCCUGCCAGACCUCACAACGCCUGGAUAGGUGUUUUUGUAUCAGCUUACCACAAAAUGAUACAGCCAACUGAUGCCCGACUGGAAAGUCAAUGACGUGGCACGCAACCAUAGGUUGCUGCGUGCAGUGAGACUGCAAUAUAGUCCACCUGGAACGCGACCACUGUGUUCACCCAGGCAGAAAACAAGCUGAAUGGUUACUGCGAUACAUAUACAGUACUUUCCCUUAGCCAUGUUGAGUUCCAUUACUUUCCCUUAGCCAUGUUGAGUUCCAUUAUUUGGAAAUGGUCAGUGAUUCUUGGGGUGUGCCCUCUAUAAACCUUAUAAUCUGGAUUGGAGGGGGCAGUCCUCAAUAUUGAUUGCUGAACAAAAUGUUAUUUUGUCCGUAGAAACCUUUUCGUACCCCUUUUCAGUACCUGUGUUCAAACAUUUCCUCUGCUGAUGCCAAGCACUGUCCCAUUGAUUUUUUUGGUGUAUCUUCUAGACUAUCCGAUAUCUCUGUAAGAUACAUAACAGAUUGUCUGUGAGGAGGGCGGGGGUCAUUGAAUGGGGGGGUUACGAUUCUAAAGCACUUACUGUACUAUAUAUGGGAGAGGGUUCCUCUUAUUUUUCUUAAAGGGGGCCUCUCCUUGGCUGAAGCUCUUGAUAUGUUGUGAGACUAAAACCACACAGCUGUGUAUUUCCCCCUUUUCCUGUGUCUGACCCGGUCAUGUACCCUGGGUGUAUUCAUUAGGCACCAAACGGAAGAAAAUGGACUGAAACAGGGAGGUACUACCUGACCUUGCCCAAUAAGAAACAGUUGUUUUCGUUUUCCAUUGCUACGGUGUGCCCUAGUGAAUACGACCCCUGUCUGUCUGUCCCUCAUCUCUUUGUCUGUCUGUAGUCAACACAAGACUCUCAUCCUGUCUUCCCUCGCCCUCCUCUCCUCCCCAGCUCCUCUUUAUCUGUUGUCUUAAUUAUGUUUUGUUGGACAGUCAGUCCACACGGUCGUUGAGAAGCUAUUAUAUUUUGAGUUUUUUUUAAGAAGAAGAAACUUGUGGGCGGAUAAAGAAGAGGCUUGUGCCUUUUGUAAAGACAGAAUAAUAAAGUUUGUACUUCAUUUUUUA